AUGGAAGCAGCAGCAGCACAUGUACACGAGGACACAGGUGCCGGGGCCAUGUGGAGUGUUGUGGCCGGAAGGAUUGUGGAUGCCUAUGUUGAUGCAUGUGCAGGGGUGUUUAGGCGCGCGUAUCGGCUCACAAGCGGCUAUCCGCGUGACGGGGAGGAGGCUUCUCAGAGGGCCAGUCACUAUCCAAACACGAGCGGUGAGGAGCGCGUGCGUCGCGGCUCUGGUGGUGUGGCUGAACGAGGGCAAUUUCCGCCAAUGCAGCUGCCGGCAACGCCGUUAAAGGCUGCUGCGGCGCGGCAUUCUUCUGAAGGGUCACACGCGGAGUUAGGAGAGGUCAAGUCGCGGUACGAUGAGGUUUGUACGCGUGUGGAGCACCUUGAAGAGCAACUUGCCGCCAAGAAGCGUGAAUUUGAAACGGAACGAGGUCAAUGGCGUGAAACAGUUGGUAAACUUCAGCUAGAACACGCUGCACGGCGGCAAGGUGAGGAGGAACGUCAGCAGCAGCUUCUGCGAAAGGCAGACGAGUUGCGGGUGGAGCUGCAGAGCGUGCGGACACAAUUAAUUGCUGCGCGUGACGAAGAAAAACGAAUUCGCCGUGACGCGGAUAAUGCAAGGGAUGAGAUGCAGAAGGAGAUGUAUCAUCUUGAGCGGGAGUUACAGACGGUACGCACCGCAGAGGAGAAGGCGAGGCAAAAGCUGCGCGAUAUCAGUGAACAACUAGCAGCGUCCAAGCAGGCGCUGCAGCAAAGGCAGAACGCUGAUAUGUCGAGGGCGACGCAGUCGGAACGAGACGUUGAGAAGCUGAAGCAGGAGCUUAGUGAAACACACGCCGCCCACCAAUUCGUGCAGCGUUUGUUGCAGACGGAAAAGCUCCGUAGCGAGGCUGCUGAGGGUCACUCGAAGGACCUCAGCAACCAUCUGGCAGCACAGCACCUGAAAAUUGUGGAGCUCGAGCAACGUGUGUCGGAGCUGCAGGAGGCACUGUGGCUUCAGCAGGCGGCAGUUGACGCGAUGACGCAAGAAUGUGAGGCGCUGCAGAAGGUGAAUCGCGUCCUGGAAGAGCGGCUUGCAGAGGUGGAAAGCGAAAGAGAGCCUUUGCGACAGCAGCUCCAGAGCCUUCUCUUCCUUGAGCCGCAUUGA